AUGGCCGAUAUGGCGGGAACCAAGAACCUCAAAUUGGAGGUCACCGACUUUGGGUCCUCGACAUCCUCCAGCAACCCGGACGUACUUCCUUCCCCGGGGCGAGUCGUCGACUUCAAACCACUCGCCCUCCGAGCGCCAACGCACACCGGCAACGACAUCGAAGACCUCUUUGUCGGUCCCCGGGACAUGAGCCAUCACUCCAAAUGGCCGUUCUUCUUGCGUCUGCAUGGGAGUGUGGCGCCCAAGAUGAUCCUUCCGCUGUUAUUCGUCGCAGGCUGGGCGACGCUGUUCACGUGCAUCAAUAAGUUUGUUUACGAACUGGUCUUUGAUUCGGUCCUCCUCACCAUCACCGGUUUCGUGGUCAGUUUGGCGCUGUCGUUCCGGUCGUCGACCGCCUAUGAAAGAUACAGCGAGGGGCGGAAAUACUGGGCACAAUUGGUUGUGACGUCGAGAAAUCUGGCACGAAUCAUCUGGAUCCAUACCAAAGAGCGACAUGGCCAGGACCAAGCACAAGGAAAGGCGGACCUCCUCGGCAAAUUGACGGCGCUGAACUUGAUCAAUGCCUUCGCCGUGGCGUUGAAGCACCGACUCCGGUUCGAGCCGUCAACUGAGUAUCCGGAUCUGCAGCCGCUGAUUGGGAACCUGCAUACCCUCGCCAGCGAGGCCGACCAGAGCAAACUGCAGCCCCGGAAAGUCGGGUCGUGGAAGGCGGCGGGCGAGUACCUGGGCGUGUCGUUCGCUGAGUCGAAUCCGCGCAAGCUGAUCAAGCGGUCACGUGAAAAUUUGGGAAACCUGCCACUCGAGAUCCUCAACUACCUGGGCGCAUACCUGGAUCAGGUCUGCACCAACGGGCAGCUGGCUCUUCCGAUCCACCAAGCCAACGCCAUGAACAGCGUGGUCCAGCUGACCGACAUCCUCGCGGGCACGGAACGGGUGCUGAACACGCCGGUGCCCAUCGCCUACUCCAUCUCCAUCUCGCAGAUCACCUGGGUCUACAUUCUGACCCUGCCGUUCCAGAUCUACCGGACGCUGGGGUGGGUGACGAUCUUUGGCGUAGUGCUGGCGGCGUACAUCAUCCUCGGCCUCGCGGCGAUCGGGUACGAAAUCGAGAACCCCUUCGGCGUGGACGUCAACGACCUGCCUCUGGACGCAUACUGCCGCGAACUGGCGUCCGACAUCGACGUGCUCACGAGCAUGCCCGCCCCGACGCCCGAGAACUUUAUCACCACGGCCCGCAACAAGGUACUCUUCCCGCUGAGCAUGAGCGACUACGACCUGUGGAACGACCGGUCUGUGGCGGAGAUCCGAAGCGCCCUGAGAGCCAAGGCCACGACGGCGGCGACGUCGGUCGACUUUGAGCGCGCAAAGGCCCAGGUCGAGAGCACAAAUGACUCGAUGGACACACGGGCGGAGACGGAGGAGAACAAGCACCGCGACAUAAUGUCAGCAGCCGAAGCAGUAUAA